CGCAAACCUAACAUAACCUGCAUCUAUGUAUUUUUAUUUAAAUAUUUUAUUGUGUUUAUUAAAUUAUUUAUAUUGUGUACACUGUUUUGUUCUUUUUUUAUGAGAUUUUCUUGUGCUGAAAGACAAUCGCCAAAUGCUUGUUUUUGUGAAGAUUUUUUUCACAAUUUUUAAGUAGGUUCUCUAUCACAGAAGUAGGAACUCCAAAACUAACUAAUCUUAACAGGGGAACAAAUCAAAUCAAAAUAAAAAUGAACUUCAAAAAAGGGGUGAACCCCUGCGUGUUUAGUGCCGUACAAAAUGUUGAUAUGGACAAACUCGCUAAAUGUUCAGAUACAGACAUAAGACCAGUAUUACCUUGCCUUGUGAGAAUGGGUCUUAUCUCACCAUUAGAUAUCUCUAGGAAGUGCACUGACAUGAAAGUUAGUAUUCUAACCAUUGUGAGUGGCAUGGAACUAGUAAAUUCAAUAGUUGCUCUACUUAGCAUAGAUUUUCAUAAACUUGAAAUUGAUGUGAAAAAAGAGCAACAGCUUCGACUUAAGGGAAACACAAACCGUAAUGAUUCAAUCUUGAUAGGAAAUCUUUCAAAUACUAGUAUGGCUCUAGAAUAUGAAAGAAGUGAUAUGACUAGGAGAUUGACAAUACUGUUAGGUGAAGUACUUUACAUCCAAUCCCAAAUUCAGGAAAAUACGGAAUCUGGAACCGACCAUGAAUCCUACAUCAAAUCUUCAGAACUUUUCGACAAUGAUAUAUUUGCUGAAGAACUCUCAGACAUCAUUUGUAUAGCAUUGGCUGAGUUACCUAGUACCCUUACUAUAACUUGUAUGGUCGAAAACCUACUACAUGUGCAUAAUGGACCUGAAAUUAUUUGCCGAGUGGUCGCAAACUUUCCCGAUUGUUUUAGAGAAGUGUGUACGUACUUAAUUCAAACAGGAGAAAAACAAGAAGAAACAGUUUCCAGUACAAUUAGGACUACAACACUAGGCUUACUUUGCCAGAUGAAUCCAUCUCAGUCCUUAACAGUAAGAUUAAAAUGUGUAGAGUUAUGUAGAAUGCCUGCAUUAGCCAUAUUACUCUCUUUGGGAGAUGUACAAAAAGAUGGAGAAGCAGAUGUUGUCGCUUUUGUUAGCGGCUUACUGCUCGGAAAUGAUCAAACAAUAAGAAACUGGAUAGCGCUGUUCUUUCGAACUGGCCAAAAGAAGAAGGGAGAAGCAUCUAGUAAUGCCUUACAGCAGUUAAGAGAGGAUCUUACAAAAAGGCUGCAAAAAAUUAUUGAUGCUUCCGUGGAAGGACGACUUCCAAAUACAUUAGUUGUUCAAGCUUCUGCCCUUUUAAGGUUAUAUUGUGCUCUUAGAGGUAUAGCAGCUAUUAAGUUUCAAGAUGAAGAAGUAAAUCUUAUAGUUCAAUUAUUAACCUCUCAUCCUAGUCCGACGCCCGCAGGAGUUCGAUUUGUUUCUAUAGGGCUUUGCAUGCUUAUUGCAUGCCCCUCUUUGAUUACACAACCGGAUCAUGAAAAGCGAUGUAUUGAAUGGGUUCAAUGGUUGGUCAGAGAAGAAGCUUACUUUGAAUCUGCCAGCGGAGUAUCAGCCUCAUUUGGGGAGAUGCUUUUGUUGAUGGCUAUUCAUUUUCACAGUCAACAGCUCAGCGCCAUAUGUGAGCUGACAUGCGCUACCCUUGGUAUGAAGAUCGCUAUUCGUCACAACAAUAUGAACAGAAUGAAACAAGUGUUUACCCAGGAAAUUUUUACGGAGCAAGUAGUGACAGCACAUGCCGUAAAAGUGCCAGUUACGCAAGGCUUGAAUUCUAAUAUGACUGGUUUUCUACCAAUUCAUUGUAUUCAUCAACUUCUAAAGUCAAGAGCAUUUGCCAAGCAUAACGUAAAUAUUAAGAAUUGGAUCUAUAAACAAAUAUGUACCAGUGUAAGCCCUUUACACCCGGUGUUACCUAUGCUUGUUGAAGUAUAUGUUAAUAGUAUUAUGCUACCUAACGCUAAGAAUGCUGAACAAGCUAAUAAACCUCUUACAGAAAAUGAAAUUCGCAAAGUAUUUCAAAGUUCAAUUUUCGGUCAAUACUUUGAUAAACGUCAAUCUAUAUUCACCAUGGACUUCGACUUAAGCGCUGAAAACCAAGAUGUUGUGGUCGACAGCACCAGUUUAACGCCUCAACUUCUACUACUAUACUACCUUUUGCUUUACGAAGACUGUCGAUUGAACAACGCACCUGCGCUGACAUCGAGCGGCAGGAAAAUUAAGCAAUAUACCCCGGAAUUUAUGUCUGAAUUGCCUAUAAAAUAUUUACUGCAUCAAGCCCAGAAGGAUCAGAGUUCAUACUCGGGUCUUUUCGGACAUUUGCUUAAGCUUCUUGCGACACACUUUCCACAUCUUACUUUAGUAGAAGACUGGCUAGACGAUAUGUCAAUAUGUACUGAGAAAAAACCACAUCAAAUUUCUGAAUUUAUUGUUGUAUCAGCUUUUAAUGAUAUCGAAGUUAAUCCUUCAAGGUGUGCAAAACUACUUCAAAUGAUGUUAAAGGUAGAGGCAAUAGAUAUUUGGCCAUUUGCAGAAAGUUUUACUCAAUUUAUAAGGAAAGUUCUUGAAAUAAACACCCCCAGAUUUCUCCAAGACCUCUACAAAGAUGUUUGGCUAAGACUAAACACUGUUUUACCGCGAAGACUUUGGGUUCUAACCGUUAAAAAUUUAGUAGAUGAUUUUUCUUUUAUGACCAAGAUUGAUGUGGCCGAAGAUGCAUUACAAGUUAUGCGGUGUGAUGAACGGGUGUUUCGUUGCGCCCCGAUUUACGCCAUAGUUCUUCGAGUUCUUCGGGCCAGUUUAGCAUCUUCAAAAAGUCAAUUAACACAACACUUACAAGCCAAUCCACGCCUGGACGCUCACGGACAGGUGGUAAGCGAACCAGAUCGAGAGGAGAUGUGUAGGGCAGCGAUUGCGGCACAGGAAAGCGCAGCCGUACAAAUGCUACUAGAAACACUUAUAGAAAGGGAGGAGGAUAGGACGUUGCCCGGAAGGAAAUGGGCUUUGCAAGAAGUUCGAUCUUUAGUGUGCAGUUACUUGCAUCAAGUUUUCAUUGCAGAUACAAUGCUGUGCAAACUCGUACAUUUUCAGGGCUAUCCAAGUGAGUUGCUAGAAGUAGUAGUCAAAGGAGUGCCAUCCAUGCACAUCUGCUUAGACUUUUUGCAGGAGUUAAUGCAACAACCGAGUUUAAGCAAGCAAAUAUUUGCAAUACAAUUGCUCUCGCAUCUAUGCGUUCAGUAUGCGCUUCCGAAAAGUUUGAAUUUGUGUGUUACCGCAUUAAAUUUAUUAUAUGCCUUGCUGGGAGGUAUUUCCAGUUCUCAACGCGUCAAACUAUUCAAGCCCCUUCUGCCAUCACUAGUUUUAAUUAGCGAGGCAUUUCCUCCUUUAAUAGACGAUAUUGUUAAUUUACUAAUGCAACUCGCUAAAAUAUGCGAAAGUCAGGCCUCACUCGCCAGCCAUUUUGACAGUCAACGUGGAAGAGGGUUGGAGAUUUCAGCACAGGAGAGCGCGGAGCUGUGCGAUUUAACUAAAAAAACGUUUACGGAAAUUUUGGAAAAAGGUGUACUAAACUGUGCUGUAUAUAGGCAAGAAUAAUUGUCCAAUUGGCAAGCAGUUAAAGUAUUAAGAUUUGUAAUAGACUUUAUUAUUUUCCUGCGAUAACUGUUAUAUUUUUUUAUUGUUGUAAUGAUUUCUUUCAAUAAAAUAUGUAAAAAAAAAA